ACGGUACUGAUAUCUUUGUUACUCAGUUUCAAGUAGCUAUCCUACUUCUGAUUCCCUCUCCAAAUCUCGUUUCAUUUCAUUUUUCAUUUUCAUUUCAUUUAUUUUUUGUGUGUGUCAUUUUUCUAUGGGUUGCCUCAAAGGUGAGCUUAUACACAUCUUAAAAUCAUAUAUUUAUGUUCUUUAAAAAUAUUUAAGCAUCCUAUUUUAAAAAGCAGUGUUUCUGUAGCAAGAUGGCAAACUGCACAUUUCUAGCAUGUAUUAAUUUUUUUUUUUUAAUGUGUAUAUAUAUUUGAGAGAGAUAGAGACAGAGUGUGAGCUGGGGAGGGUCAGAGAGAGGGGGAGAUGCAGAAUCCAAAGCAGGCUCCAGGCUCUGAGCUGUCAGCACAGAGCCUGACAUGGGGCUCAAACUGACGAACUGGAGAUCAUGACCUGAGCCGAAGUCAGGCGCCUAACCGACUCUAACAUAUAUUAAACACUGUUCACUAAGUAUUUUAAUCUUACCAAAUUUAAUCCUAACAAUGUACCUGGAUACUACUAUUCCCACUUAACAUAUGAAAAAAUGAAGGUACGGAGAAGUGAAGUAACUUGCCCAAGAUCACAAAGUUCAUGACUGUAAGUAGUUUCAGAGGAAUGCCUAAUUCAGUGAUGAGCAAGGUGUGGUGGGGGAGUGGGGUGGGGAGGCUGUGGAGACUUUGGGGAACUGUUGGAAGGAGGUACACUGCUGUAGAAGCAGCCAAGUGGGUCAGCUCAUUCCCUCCCCACAGGCCAUGUGGUAAGUAAUUAGUACUGCUUACUCCUAACUUUACCAUUAAGUGUGAGUACUUGAAGGAAGAGAGGCAAGUCAGUGUCCCAGAGGCUGGUGACACCCGGUAAAAUGAAAAAAAUCACCCUUGCCCAGGAGACUCGGUAGCUAUGAUAUCCUACUGGCAGCACACUCUCCCACAUUGAUGUAAGUGGAAUAUUAGAGUCCUUUCCUAUCAUUGCUGUUUCUUCCUUUAAUUCUGUUAAUACUUGCAUUAUGUGUUUAUAUGCUCUUAUGUUAGAUGCAUAAAUAUUUACAAAUUUUAUAUCUUCUGGUUGGAUUGACUCAUUUGUUAUUACAUUAUAACUUUGUCUCUUACUGUAGUCUUUGUGUUAAGGUCUGUUUUGUCUUUUUCUUUUUUAAUUUAUUUGGAGAGAGAGAGAGAGGGAGAGAGCGCGUGCACAUGAGCGUGUGAGCAGGGGAGGGACAGAGAGAGAGGGAGAGAGAAUCCCAAGUAGGCUCUGCACAUAUAGUGCAGACACAGGGUUGGGUCCCCCAACUGUGAGAUCAUGACCUGAGCUGAAAUCAAGAGUCAGACACUUAACCGACUGAGCCACCCAGGUGCCCCUAUUUUGUCUUACAUAAAAAGCUACCCAGCUUUCUUUAAGUUUCCAUUUGCGUGGAAUACCUUUUUUCCAUCCCUUCAUUUUCGGUCUGCAUGUAUCCUUACAUAUGAAGCAAGUCUCUUAUAGGUAGUAUAUAGAUGGGUCUUAUUUUCUUUGUUGGCAGUUUGAAAGAUUUUUUAUGGUGGUAUGCUUAGAUUUUUUUCCCUUUAUCUUCUGUGUAUCCACUGUAGGUUUUUGCUUUGUAGUUACCAUGAAGCUUACAUAAAACAACUUACAACAGCCUAUAACAACUUAAGUUGACAACAACUUAAGUUUGAACACAUCCUAAACCUCUACAUUUUUACCCCCACCCCCAUUUUAUCUUUUUAAUGUCAUAAUUUACAUCUUUUUACCUUGUGUAUCCAUUAAAUUAUUGUGGUUAUAGUUAUUACUGUUAGUUUUAUCUUUUAACCUUCAUACUAGCUUAACACAUGAUUAACCUAGCACCUUUACAACACUUAUUCUGAAUUUUACUAUAUAUUUACUUUUACCAGUGAAAUGUAUACUUUCAUGUCUUUCUGUUACUAAUUUGCACCUUUUCAUUUCAGUUUAAAGAAGUACCUUUAACAUUUAUUUUAAGGCUUGUCCAGUGGUGAUGAACUCCUUUAGCUUUGGCUUGUCUGGAAAACUCUUGAAUGCUCCUUCAGUUGUGAAGAGGUGGCUGGAUCCAAACAAACCUAUAAGGAAGCAGCUAAAGAAACUGCUUUUAUUACUUCUAGGAGGAUCUCCUUACAGUUUGAACUUUAGAGUCAAAUUUUUUGUAAGUGACCCCAACAAGUUACAAGAAGAAUACACAAGGUACCAGUAUUUUUUGCAAAUUAAACAAGACAUUCUUACUGGAAGAUUGCCCUGUCCUUAUAAUACUGCUGCCCUUUUGGCUUCAUUUGCUGUUCAGUCUGAACUUGGAGACUACAAUCAGUCAGAGAACUUGCCAGGCUACCUCUCAGAUUAUUCUUUCAUUCCUAAUCAACCUCAAGAUUUUGAAAAAGAAAUUGCAAAAUUACAUCAGCAACAUACAGGCUUAUCUCCUGCAGAAGCAGAAUUUAAUUAUCUGAACACAGCACGUACCUUAGAACUCUAUGGAGUUGAAUUCCACUAUGCAAGGGAUCAAAGUAACAAUGAAAUUAUGAUUGGAGUGAUGUCAGGAGGAAUUCUGAUUUAUAAGAACAGGGUACGAAUGAAUACCUUUCCAUGGUUGAAGAUUGUAAAAAUUUCUUUUAAGUGCAAACAGUUUUUUAUUCAACUUAGAAAAGAAUUGCACGAAUCUAGAGAAACGUUAUUGGGAUUUAAUAUGGUGAAUUACAGAGCAUGCAAAAAUUUGUGGAAAGCAUGUGUAGAACAUCACACAUUCUUCCGUUUGGACAGACCGCUUCCACCUCAAAAGAACUUUUUUGCACAUUAUUUUACAUUAGGUUCAAAAUUCCGGUACUGUGGGAGAACUGAAGUCCAGUCAGUUCAGUAUGGCAAAGAAAAAGCAAAUAAAGACAGGGUAUUUGCAAGAUCCCCAAGUAAGCCCUUGGCACGGAAAUUAAUGGAUUGGGAAGUAGUAAGCAGAAACUCAAUAUCUGAUGACAGGUUAGAAACACAAAGCCUUCCAUCGCGAUCUCCACCUGGAACUCCUAAUCAUCGAAGUUCUGCAUUCACACAAGAGGGAACCCGGUUACGACCGUCUUCAGUUGGUCAUUUGGUAGACCAUGUGGUUCACACUUCCCCAAGCGAAGUAUUUGUGAAUCACAGAUCUCCAUCUUCAACACAAGCUAACAGCAUUGUUCUGGAAUCAUCACCAUCACAGGAGACCCCUGGAGAUGGGCAGCCUCCAGCUUUACCACCCAAACAAUCAAAGAAAAACAGUUGGAACCAAAUUCAUUGUUCACAUUCUCAACAAGAUCUGGAAAACCAUAUUAAUGAAACAUUUGAUGUUCCAUCUUCCCCUGAAAAAUCUACUCCUAAUGGUGGUAUCCCACAAGAUAAUCUUGUUCUAAUCAGAAUGAAACCUGAUGAAAAUGGAAGGUUUGGAUUCAAUGUGAAGGGAGGGUAUGAUCAGAAGAUGCCUGUGAUCGUGUCCCGAGUAGCACCAGGAACACCUGCUGACCUCUGUGUCCCUCGAUUGAAUGAAGGGGACCAAGUUGUACUGAUCAACGGUCGGGACAUUGCAGAACAUACCCAUGAUCAAGUUGUCCUAUUUAUUAAAGCUAGCUGCGAGAGACAUUCUGGGGAACUCGUACUUCUGGUUCGACCUAAUGCUGUAUAUGAUGUAGUGGAAGAAAAGCUAGAAAAUGAACCAGACUUCCAGUACAUUCCUGAGAAAGCCCCACUAGAUAGCGUCCAUCAGGAUGACCAUUCCCUGCGGGAGUCAAUGAUCCAGCUAGCUGAGGGGCUUAUCACUGGAACAGUCCUGACACAAUUUGAUCAACUAUAUCGGAAAAAACCUGGAAUGACAAUGUCUUGUGCCAAAUUACCUCAGAAUAUUUCCAAAAAUAGAUACAGAGAUAUUUCGCCUUAUGAUGCUACACGGGUCAUUUUAAAGGGUAAUGAAGACUAUAUCAAUGCAAAUUAUAUAAACAUGGAAAUCCCUUCUUCUAGCAUUAUAAAUCAGUAUAUUGCUUGUCAAGGGCCAUUACCACACACUUGUACAGAUUUUUGGCAGAUGACUUGGGAACAAGGCUCCUCCAUGGUUGUAAUGUUGACCACACAAGUUGAACGUGGCAGAGUUAAGUGUCACCAGUAUUGGCCAGAACCCACAGCAAGUUCAUCCUAUGGAUGCUACCAAGUCACCUGCCACUCAGAAGAAGGAAACACAGCAUAUAUCUUCAGGAAGAUGACACUAUUUAACCAAGAGAAAAAUGAGAGUCGUCAACUCACUCAGAUCCAAUACAUAGCCUGGCCUGACCAUGGAGUCCCCGAUGAUUCCAGUGACUUUCUGGAUUUUGUUUGUCAUGUACGAAAUAAGAGGGCUGGCAAGGAAGAACCUAUUGUUGUUCACUGCAGUGCUGGAAUUGGAAGAACUGGGGUUCUUAUUACUAUGGAAACAGCCAUGUGUCUCAUUGAAUGCAAUCAACCAGUUUAUCCACUAGACAUUGUAAGAACAAUGAGAGAUCAACGAGCCAUGAUGAUCCAAACACCUAGUCAAUACAGAUUUGUAUGUGAAGCUAUUUUGAAAGUUUAUGAAGAAGGAUUUGUUAAACCCUUAACGACGUCAUCAAAUAAAUAAGAAAGCAUAAGUCUGGGAUAUGUGUUGGAAAACUGCUUUCUGUUCUAUUCACUGUGCCAUAAUUCUGCUUGCAGGAAAUGGCAGUUAGACAAAAACAAUGAAGAACUAACAAAAACUGAAAACUUCAGCACUGUUGCACUUUAUGUUUAAACAAUGUCACUCUCUCAAAAUCUGUAAUUCAUGUGUUUGAAGACUAUUUCAUGCUUUGCUCCGAACAAAUAGUGAAUAACUGAGUAUGUUCAGGGUAAUUUAUGAAAUCUGUGGUGGUGCCAUGCAGUCCCCUUCUGGUAGAAUUGCCACAAACAAGGCUCAGAAUUCUCCUCAUCUCUGAUAUACACCUGUAUCUUGAAAGCAAAAAGAAGUAUACAUCAGGAGUCAGCUCUGGUGUUUCCCAGUGAUUCAUGUACUUACUAUACUGAUUACCAGAUUUUUAUUUUUUAAAUUUUAGCAAUAUCAUUCUCAAUAUUAGCCAAUACACUGCCUAUGGAUGCAGCACAUCUUUCCCCGUACUCCCCUGUAGAGACCUGCUGUUCGUGAGAAGAAAGAUGGAAUUUGCUUUUCCCAGGAAAUGCUGCACAGUGUCCAUUUACCAGCAUCUUAUAGAAAGUAUAAAUAUGAAUCUACAAGUUUUCUUGAAUUUAAUAAUGUAACAUAUUUAUCAUACGGUUGGCUUAUUCCAAAUCAUGUGAUUUCACAUACUUGAUGUAAAGGAAUGCAUGCGUUGUGUCUUAACCCCUUAAGUGCCUUGAGACGUCUUUGUAUGUCUAAUGAAAAGGCACUCAUUUGACCCCACUAGGAGGUAUGUGUGUAUAUUGUACAUUUACAUUUUUAUGCAUUUUGAAU